AUGGCAACCAGUAAAUUAGUAAGGUUUUCUUUGGGUUCAGCUCAACAACACAUGUACAUUCCAACGUGCAAUAAACACCAGGAAUUUCUUUCUACAUUUUGUGAAGACUGUGAUGAGUUCAUUUGUUCUAAAUGUGCUAAAGCUGACCAUAAAGAUCAUAAUUGGAAUAUCCUUUCCACGACAGCUAGUCACACGAGAAGAAAACUGUCUACAUUUCUCAAGAAAAUCUCAGAUAAAAGACUACCAAGAAUAGACGAAGAAAUUGAAAAAGCUUCAAAACUGAGGAAAUAUAAUCAGAAUCAGUGUGAAUCAGAGAUAAAGAAACUGUUGGAACAUUGUGAUGAUAUCAUAGCAAGAUUGCUUAAAUUGAAAAAUCAUCUCAUAGACAAACUUCAAAACAAUCUGAGAGAAGCGCUUGAAAAAUUACAUCAUGAAAAAAAUUAUCUAGAAAAAAGCAGGAAGCAAAUUGAGGAUUUAGUAAAAUUUCUAAAAGAAAAGAACACUACCAUGUCUGAUUACAGGUUGAUUGAUACCUGCAGAGAACUUAAAAAACUUUCUGAAAAAGAGUCUGAUAUAAUGAACUUUGAAUAUUCAUUAAGAUAUAAACAAAAAGAAAUCAAUGAAGACUUAUUGGAGGAGAUCAGUGAAAGAUUUGGGACUUAA